GUAAAAAUGCUCACACCCUCCUUGUUUCUACUUUCUCUCUCUCUCUCCUUCUCAUCCUUUCGGCUUAAUCAACAAUCGUUUUGGAAUCUCAAUCUCCCCUCUUCAAACCUUCACCACAUAACUACUCUUUAAUUAAUCUUCCAUUUCCGACGCUUCGGCCUUCUUACCCCCUUUUGAUCCGUAUCAUUUUCUCGGGAAUAUCGCAUACUGCUUGUAUCCUAAUCAUCGCCCAACAUGCGCUCUAUCGAUCCUGUCUUCGUCGAAUUUCGGAGAACUUUCAGGCUUCCAAUAUUCUUCUACUUCAAUUAGAGCUGGGAUUUUGGGUUUACAGUAAGCGGUCGGAUUGGAGCUAGGGUUUUUAGCAUUUUAGGUUGAAAUGAGGAUCGAAGAAUUGGACGAUAGCAGUGACAGUAAGUGUAGUGUUGAAAGUGACAGGAGUCUGAUGAUAGUACGGGUCGACGCAAAGAGAGCGCUGGUAGGAGCUGGAGCUAGGAUCCUCUUUUACCCGACUUUGCUGUACAAUGUGUUCCGAAACAAAAUUCAGGCAGAGUUUCGAUGGUGGGAUCAGGUUGAUGAGUUCAUUUUGCUAGGAGCAGUGCCAUUUCCUAAGGAUGUUCCACGCCUGAAGCAGCUUGGUGUUGGUGGUGUAAUCACUCUGAAUGAAGCCUAUGAAACUUUGGUUCCAACAUCUUUAUAUCAUGAACAUGAGAUUGAGCAUCUCGUGAUCCCAACUAGGGAUUACCUCUUUGCCCCGUCACUUGGCGAUAUUAACCAAGCAGUGGACUUCAUUCACAAGAAUGCGUGUCGAGGGCGGACUACAUAUGUGCAUUGCAAAGCAGGGAGAGGAAGGAGCACUACUAUUGUGCUUUGCUAUUUGGUGGAGUAUAAACACAUGAGCCCUGCAGCAGCACUGGAAUAUGUCAGAUCUAUCAGACCUAGAGUACUUUUGGCUCCUACGCAGUGGAAGGCUGUUCAAGAAUUCAAGCAUCGACGUGCAGCUUCAGCUGCAUUUUGUCCUGUAGAUGCGGUAUUGAUCACAAAAGCAGAUCUUGAAGGGUAUCAUAGCUCACCUGACAAUAAGCAACUUGCACUUGUGCCCAGAAUGGCGCGCACACGGACACGUCCCAUGAUGGCAAAACUAUCUUGCCUCUUCACAACACUGAAAGUUUCCGGAGUUUGUGGGCAGCCAUUUACGCGGCGGCUCACUGAGGCUGGUGCCUGCUAGGCUUCUGCCUCUGAAGAGAGGGGGUAUUCGAUUAAUAAUAAGUAAGUUGGUACAGAAAUCAGUGAUAUAUCUCUCAUAUAUUGCGCUCAAGAGUGAAUUGAUUGAAGAUCCUUCCACGUUGUAAUAAAAACGUAGUAGUUGCUGUAG